CAUAGCACUAUUUUCCUUUCCUAGCUGAGAGUUCCCUGAUAUGGAUACUACACAGAGAAAUGAAGCUCCAAUGAGGGAGGGAAACGAAGACGUGGCUGCUAAGUUCAAAGAAUCAUUGGAAAUCAUUGUUAUAUAUCUCAACCUUCAGCUUUCUCUCAUUUCCUUCUUCAAAGAUGAUAAAGCCGGUCAAGAUUUCUUCACAAACCACCCCAAAGUUGUGAUGGCUAUGGUUUUCUUUAUUGAGCUCUUGUUCUUUGUGGGGCUUCUGGGAACAAUGCUUGGUGGCCGGGUCUCGAUGAAGAUCCUACGGUGGAUCAUACUAGUUCUUGGAGGAGUGUCCUCUGUUUUGGUUCAGACUAUGAUGAUAUAGUCACCAAUUGCUUGCUUAUGAUUAAGGUUGUUGUUACCAUGAGCUCUUUAAACUCUGUCUCUUCAGCUUUUGGACUUAAUAAAGAAAAUGAGUAUACCAUAGUCUACUCUACAUUUCUACCCAAGGAAGCUUAA